AUGACUGGAUAAUGAUCCAACAUGUGUAUUUGAACGUCUUCCCCACAGAGGACCUUUCCCGUCCCUCUCCCAUCAUGGUGGACCUGUUCCUGAACCGAGUUCUGGUGGAGAACAACUGGGACCAGGAUGAGCUCAACACGGAGCGCGAGAUCACCGGGAUCCUCGAAAACCGCAUCGUGAUGCUGUUCUUUGCGUCCGCUGAGUGCGACAAGUGCUGGGAGUUUUUGCCCGCUCUCAACGACUUUUUUAAGAGACUGAAAGAUCCCGCGUACAUCGAGUACCCCAAACUGCUCGCUCUCAUCUACAUCAGCUUGGAUCAAUCAGAGGAGCAGCAGGAGAGAUUCCUCAGAGAGAUGCACAAAAAGGUUCUGUUUCUGGCCUUUGAGGACCCGUACAGGAAAGAGCUGCAGGCCAUGUUUAAGGUGAAGGACGUCCCCACAGUGGUGGUGCUUCGCCCCGAUGGCUCCGUCAUCUCCCCGAACGCUGUGCAGGACAUCUGUCGUUUCGGAGCAGACCGUUUCCGAGACUGGCAGGAAGCAGCCGAGCUCGUUGAGAGGAGCUUCAUGCUCAACGAGGAGUUCGACAACCUAAACCUGCGGAGCGCCACCGACCCUGUGAGGAGACUCAAGUACAAGACGGAGGACGACAAGAGGAAAACGAGAUGGUGGAAGCCAUGGGGGAAGGGCAAAGAUAAAGAUGAAGAGGAAAGAGGCAAAGAUGGGUCGUGGGAUACAAAGAGAAAGGAGGGAGAUAAAGGAACGUGGAGGAGAAUUAUAUAAACCCUCUGUCUUCAUGGUCUUACAGCACAAA